AUGGUGGCGUUGCAGGUUGUGUGUGAGGAUUCCUUGAAGGAUUCAGAGGAUGCAAAGGCACUUCAAAAACAGGUUGCAAAGAAGACAGCACAGGUUGCAGGGUCUGCCCAUGCUGGAGAAUUGCCCAGAGUUAAAUGGGUGCUUCCUGAUUCCUACUUGGAUGUCAAGAAGAAGGAUUAUGGAGAAUUGCCCAGAGUUAAAUGGGUGCUUCCUGAUUCCUACUUGGAUGUCAAGAAGAAGGAUUAUGGAGUUCCAUUUAGACACGGAGAGUGCAAAGGUAUUACCUAUCUUAGAGGUUAUGAUAUCGAAGAAAAGGCUGCAAGGGCUUAUGAUUUGGCAGCACUGAAGUACUGGGGACCUUCAACCCAUAUCAAUUUUCCGGUAAUGCUUUUAACUUCACUCGCUUAA